UUUUUUUCCUAAAGAAAUCACUCAAUAUUAAGUGUCAUCAUGAAUGAAUUUAUUCCAUUUAUGAUCAUUGUAUGAUCAACUUCAGAUAUAUUUGAUCAAAAUGAUGCACUCUUUUCAUGUUCUUUUCGUGCCAUUAGAUACAUAUGGUCAUAUUAAUUCAUGUAUCGGUAUAGCUGAAAAAAUCAUUCAACUUGGUCAUCAAGUAACAUUUGUUUUGGAAAGAGCUUGGUUAGGAAAAUUAACCAAAUGGGGAUUCAAUGAAAUUACUUAUGUUGAUCCAUCACGUGAUCCUAAUCAAGGUCCAAAUGAUCAUUGGACCAAAUCAAUUGAUAUGAUUGCUGAAACAUUACCAGAAGAUUCACUUUACAAAGCUCAACAUCAAAAUGCUAAAGAAUUCGAAGAAUUUGUUUUUAAUGCAUUAAAUUUCAAUGAGGAAUUGAAAUCGAUUAUUGAACAAGUCAAUCCGGAUGUUAUUGUGCUUGAUCACUAUUUCACUGUUCCUGCUAUUUACCAAAGUGGUCGAAAAUGGAUCUACAUGACAAGUGCCACACCGUUAACUGCAAUAAUUCACCCGGAUACACCUCCAACAGGAUCAGGAUAUCCUACCGAUGGCGACAGAAAACAAUGGCAAAUAUUUAAUGAGAUAUCAGAGAAACGUGAUGGACCAAUCAUAAAUAGAUUUAAUCAAGUAUUGAUGCAAAAAUAUGGCCUGCCAAGUUUGCCAGAAGGCAGUGCUUUCCAUCCAUCACCUUAUCUAAACAUUUAUGCAUAUCCUGAAGAUUUAGACUAUCUGGAUGUUCGGCCAUUACCCGACAAAUGGAAACGUUUUGAUAAUUUUAUUCGAUCUCCUCAAGUUGGAACAGUUAAUCAAUUUGAAUUACCAGAUAAAUUGAAAAAUCGUCAUGGAAAAUUAAUAUUUGUAUCGAUGGGAUCGAUGGGUUGUUCACAAUUGAAACUUACUAAACGCUUAAUAGAUAUUUUGAGCCAAUCAUCACAUCGAUUCCUGAUGGUCAUGGGAUCUUGCAAGGAAAUGGUCAACUUACCGGACAACAUAUGGGGCGAUAUUAUGUUACCGCAAGUACAGAUUAUACCUAUGGUUGAUUUGGUGAUUACACACGGUGGUAACAACAGUGUCAUUGAAUCAUUAUACUAUGGAAAACCAAUGGUCAUUUGUCCAUUGUUUUAUGAUCAAUAUGAUAAUGCUCAAAGAGUGACUGAGAAAGGAUUCGGCAAUCGUAUUAAUCCAUAUAAAUGUGAACCUAAAGAGCUUCUGGAUAUGAUUGAACAUAUUUUAAAUGAUCAAAACAUGAAUGAUCGAUGUCGAAAAAUUUCGGAAAAAAUGCAAAAAAUCGAUAGCCAAAUGGAAGCAGCCAAAGCUAUUAUCAAUGUUGUAUCAGAGAAAUGAAACAAAUUUUAUUCAAAAAAUUAACUAAAUUAACAACAUUUUAUUAUUUUUGA